AUGAAUUCUCCAUCAAUAAAGGAAGUUUCAUUUGAUAAUGAUUUUGAUACCUCAACACAUAAUGUAUCUUUGGCAGCUAAUUUAUUAAUAAAUGAAAUGUGUACAUCUGAAUUUUGUAAGCCUGAUUUAGAUUUAACAGAUCAUAUAAAUAAACUUUUUCCUACUGAACAAUCUUUAUCACAAUUAGAUAAUAUUAUUUUUUCUGUUGGAAAAGAAAUAGAUGAUAUUGAUAAUGAGUUGGCGGAACUUGUUGAAUCACAUGGACAAAUAGAAUUGGAUGGAAAUGAUGCAUUGAUGCAAAUACAAUCAGCAAUGAUUGAGUUAGAAAGAAAAAUUCGUUCUAUACGAAGUAAAACUCAAAAUUCUGAGUUAAGUGUUCAUGAAAUGACUAGAGAUAUAAAACAAUUAGAUGUUGCAAAAAGAAAUUUAACCUCAUCUAUAACAACUUUACAUCAUUUACAAAUUUUGUUGUCUGGUGUUAAUUCAUUAUCAUUAUGGAUACCUGAUAAAAAAUAUUCUGAUAUUGUUAGCCAAUUACCAGCUGUAUUAAAUGUAUUAGAAUUAUUUAAUGAUUACCAAGAUAUUGAACAAAUAAAAAUUUUGUCAGAUAAAGUUGUUCAAAUAAAAAAUGACAUAUCUGAACAACUUAAUAAUGAUUUAAAAAUAGUCUUUCAAAAAGGUAUUCUUAAUCAGACGACGGCAGACAUGUGUAGAAUAGCUGCUGUUUUAAAUAAUCAUGUUGAAGAAAAUUUUUGGAAAUGGUUUAUUGAUUUACAACUUUCAGAAUAUUGUGUACUUUAUGCUGAAUCGGAAUCAAUUGCUUGGCUUGACAAAAUUAAUGAAAGAUAUAUAUGGUUUAUUAGAAAAUUGACUGAUUUUGAAAAAUUAAUACAAAUGAAAAUUUUUCCACCACAAUGGGAGAUGGGAAGACGACUAACCAAAGAAUUUUGUGAUCGAACUCGAAAUUCUUUAGGUCGCCUAAUGCAAAGAAGAAGAAUGGAAAUAGAUUGGAAACUUCUUAUGCAUAGUAUAAAUCACACAAAAAGUUUUGAAAAUUUGUUAUGUAAAAGAUUUCCAGCUAAAGAUAACUAUAAUUUUGACAAAAUUAUUUGGAAAAUAUUUGAUGACUUUAUUGAUAUUUAUGUUGCAGCACAAAAUAAAAAACUUGUUGAAUUUUUAGAUGAAUGUUCAAGUAAAAUAAGAAAUGGAUCUGAGAAACCAAUUAGACAAACCAGUACAACAGCUCAUUCUUUAAGUUCAAGUGCUGAUGUAUUUUUAUUGUUAAAAAAAAUAAUAACAGAUUCCACAAAAUUAUGUGCUGAUCCAAAUGCUUUACUAUGGAAAUUAGUUGAUAUAUUUAAAAAUUGUCUUCAAAAAUAUGCAAAUGAUUGUAUUGUUGCUUUCUUACCUAAAGACAAUUCAUGGAAUAGUUUAUCUGCAACAGCAAGUUUAUUUCCUCAUUUUGUAAGAGAUGAUACUUCUCAAAGAUUAAAUGAUGACCAACAAUUUUUUAUUUGUUGUUUAUUAGCUACAGCUGACUGGUGUGCUGAAACAACAUUACAAUUACAAGAUAAAUUAAAACAAAGAAUUGAAGCAAUCGAUUUUACUAAUGAAGUUGAAUUAUUUUAUGGAAUAUCCAAUAAAGCAUUGCUUAUUUUAGUAACGGAUAUUGAAUUAUUUUGUGAAAGUAUCUUACAUGAAAUGAUUAAAAAAGACUGGUCCAAAGUAAAAAAUGUUGGAGAUGAAAGUCCUUUUAUUUUAACAUUAAAAAAUUAUUUAACAGAAAAAAUACCAACUCUUCGUGAUUAUUUUACAGAUCUUAGAAAAUACUUUGCUCAUUUUUGUUUAAAAUUAGUAACACAAAUGGUAAACAAAUAUCUUGGGGUAAUUUUUAGAUGUAAACCAAUUUCUAUAACGGGAGCCGAACAAUUAUUAUUAGAUACACACUCCUUAAAAACAUUUCUUUUAUCAAUGCCAUCUGUAGGAAGUAUUGUACAAGCUAAACCACCAACAAUGUACACAACUACAGUAACGAAAACAUUAACAAAAGCAGAAAUGGUUCUUAAAGUUGUCAUACAACCAUUAAAAAACAAUGAAGAUUUUGUUGAUGAUUAUAUAAGAAUGUUACCAGAAUCAGAGUAUACUGAAUUACAAAAAAUUUUAGACAUGAGAUCAAUGAAACGAUCAGAUCAAGCUCCUAUUAUAGCUCUAUAUCGUUCAAAACUUGAAUUAUCAACAACAAAUGAAUCACCUACAAAUGACUUAUCAAUUACUACCAAUUUAUCACAAACAAUCGGUCAAGUUGUAGGAAUGGCUACAGAAAGUUUAAGUGAUUCAAGUAUGAAAAAGUUAGAAAAAUUAAUAUUAGCAACAAUGACAGGAGUUGAUAAUCAAAUGCAAUUAAUUUUCGAUGAAUCAGGGCAACCCUUUAUUCUUAUGCGAGAACAGGAAAAACAAAAAAGGCUUAGAGGUGUUGAAGCUUUGAAGUCCCAUAUCUUAGCUGCUCGUGCUGUGGCUGGAAUUGUAAAAUCAUCUCUUGGACCAAGAGGAUUUGACAAGAUGCUUGUUAGCCCUGAUGGUGAUGUUACAAUUACAAAUGAUGGAGCUACAAUUAUGGAUAAGAUGGAUGUUGAACAUCAUAUUGCUAAAUUAUUAGUUGAAUUGUCAAAAGCUCAGGAUGCUGAAAUUGGUGAUGGAACAACAGGGGUUGUUGUUAUGGCUGGUGCAAUGCUCCAACAAGCUGAACAACUUUUAGACAAAGGUAUACAUCCACUUAAAAUUGCCGAUGGUUAUGAUCUUGCCUGUAAAAAGGCUCUUGAAACUUUGGACAAAAUUGCUGAAGAAUUUGAUAUAACAAAUAGAGAAGCUCUUAUCAAAAGUGCUAUGACCUCUCUUGGGUCCAAAAUUGUUAAUAAAUCACAUAGACAUUUUGCUGAAAUGUCUGUGGAUGCUGUUUUGACUGUUGCUGAUAUGACUUCACGUGACGUUAAUUUUGAUCUCAUUAAGAUUCAAGGUAAAGUCGGUGGAAAACUUGAAGAUAGUACUUUAGUUAAGGGAAUCGUUCUUGAAAAAGGAAUGGCACAUCCUCAAAUGCCAAAGGAAAUUAAAGAUGCCAAAAUUGCUAUCUUAACAUGUCCAUUUGAACCACCAAAGCCCAAAAUUAAACAUAAGCUUGAUAUUGAAACAACUGAUGAUUUUAAAAAACUUCGUCAAUAUGAAGUUGAUGUUUUCCUUAAUAUGAUUAAAGAUGUUAAAAAUUCUGGUGCCACGCUUGCUAUUUGCCAAUGGGGCUUCGAUGAUGAGGCAACCCAUCUUCUUUAUGCUAAUGAACUCCACGCUGUUCGUUGGGUUGGUGGACCCGAAAUCGAACUUAUUGCUAUUGCUACAAAAGGAAGAAUUGUUCCAAGAUUUAGUGAACUUUCAUCUGACAAACUAGGUUUUGCUAAAACUGUUAAAGAAGUAACUUAUGGUACAAUGAAAGAAUCCAUGUUAUUUAUUGAGGGAUGCCCUGAUACUAGAGCUUGUACCAUUCUUUUAAGAGGAGCAAAUACUAUUAUGAUUGAGGAAGCCAAGAGAGCUCUCAAUGAUUCUAUGUGUGUUGUUAGAAAUCUCAUCAAGGAUAGUCGUGUUGUUUAUGGAGGUGGUGCUGCUGAAUUGGCAUGUGCUAUUGCUGUUUCAGAGGAAGCAGAUAAAAUUAGUGGACUGGAACAAUAUGCUUACAGGGCUUUUGCUGAGGCACUUGAAAGUAUUCCAAUGACUUUGGCUGCUAACUCUGGUCUCUCUCCAAUCGAUACAGUUACACAAUUACGUGCUCAACAAAUUACUGAGAAAAAUCCAAGAUUAGGUGUUGAUGCCUUAUAUAAUGGAACAAAUGAUAUGAAAUCUCUCAAUGUCAUUGAAACUUUGUUAUCGAAAAAAGAACAAAUUUCAUUGGCAGCCCAAGUUGUUCGUAUGAUUUUGAAGAUCGAUGAUGUUCGAAUUCCUGAUGAAGAACAUAACAUGGGAUAUUAA